AGGGUUCUCUCCAAUUUCAAUUUCACUCGUCAAGGGUUAGUGUUCCCAGUUUAUCUCAUGGGUCAUACCAAUCUUAAUCUAUUACAGAAACUUCAUAUCACUAAGUCUGCUGCCACCCAAGAAGUGACCCAAGAAGUGACCGUUGAUUCCUUGAAUAACGUCGCCGCAAUGGAUUAUUACCACUCGCAACAACCGCAUCUUCCCCAACAAGAAUCACAUUCCACCCAACCCCAUGGUACUCAGGCCCCUUCAAUGCACACUCCUGUGAGUGUCCCUACCCCGGUGCAUGUCCAGACGGCUCAAUUGCCCAUCGACCGCACCAGUGAAGCCAUCAAAAGAUCGUUAUUACCACAACGCUCCACCGUGUCGAAGGGGAAGUACUCUCUUGGAGAUUUCCAUAUCAUGAGAACUCUUGGAACCGGUUCAUUUGGAAGAGUACAUCUUGUUCGGUCCGUGCACAAUGGCCGGUAUUAUGCUAUUAAGGUGUUGAAAAAACAACAGGUGAUUAAGAUGAAGCAGGUGGAACAUACAAACGAUGAACGAAGAAUGUUGAAAUUGGUCGAGCAUCCGUUCUUGAUCAGAAUGUGGGGGACCUUCCAGGACUCCAAGAAUUUGUUUAUGGUGAUGGACUAUAUUGAAGGGGGUGAAUUGUUUUCGCUUUUGAGAAAGUCCCAACGGUUUCCAAACCCUGUGGCCAAGUUUUAUGCAGCUGAAGUCACGUUAGCGUUGGAGUACUUACACAGCCACGACAUAAUUUACAGAGAUUUGAAGCCAGAAAACAUCUUAUUGGACAGAAACGGCCACAUCAAGAUCACUGACUUUGGGUUCGCCAAAGAAGUAAAUACGGUUACUUGGACAUUGUGUGGAACUCCAGACUAUAUUGCUCCAGAAGUGAUCACCUCCAAACCCUAUAACAAGUCUGUAGACUGGUGGUCUUUGGGAGUAUUGAUUUUCGAAAUGUUGGCGGGUUAUACUCCAUUCUAUGAUUCAACACCCAUGAAGACUUAUGAGAAGAUUUUGUCAGGAAAGAUUCACUACCCCAGUUUUUUCACACCCGACGUCAUUGAUUUGUUAUCUAGUUUGAUGACGGCAGAUUUAACCCGGAGAUUAGGAAACUUGAUGAACGGUCCAGCUGAUAUCAGAAAUCACCAAUGGUUUUCUGAGGUCAUUUGGGAGAAGAUUUUGGCUAAAGAUAUCGAGACUCCUUAUGAACCUCCUAUCACCGCUGGAGUAGGAGACUCGUCGUUGUUUGAUCAUUAUCCAGAAGAACAGUUGGAUUACGGGUCUGCUGGGGAAGAUCCAUAUUUCCAGUACUUUACAGAGUUUUAGUGAGCUCACCAAGUUCGAGAUGAUUGGGGAUUUAGUGCCACUGUCGGAGCUACUCUACUCGAAUCAUUUGUGAUAUAUACAUUUCUUCUAUAAUACAUAUAAAAUACGUU